AUGGAUAUUGAUCUCUUCUGCUCUAUCGGGGGGCUUUUCGGGUUCUUUCUGUAUCCAAACAUUUGCAUGGCAGCCGCUCUCAAAGUCGACCGGCCGUCUCCAAUAUCCUCGUUCGAUAAUAUUUCAAGAACUCGCCAUUUUCUCAAGCUAUUCGGUCUUCUUUUCAUGAUUCUCGUGGUUUUCGUUAGCUCGUCCGGCGGCCCCUCAAAACCCUCCGAUUUGGACAUAGCGGCUUCCCCGAAAACCCUUUUCUCUGAGACUUAUGCCGGAAAAAUUGAUUCUCAUGAUCAAACGGCGGAUUUAGGUGCCGGUAAGAGGGAAAACGGUCACAUUCCGUAUCAUGCUUUGAAGUCGAAAGGGAAAGAUCGCGGCAGCUGGUACGAGUCGAGCGAUCAUGAAGUUCCGAGUGGGCCCAACCCUAUUUCCAAUAAAUGA